CCAAUUAACAGAGUAGUGCUUUUAACUGGUUCAAUGCAAUGGCUAUAUGUCUCCAGAGUAUGCAUUGGAUGGGUUUUUCUCAGAGAAGUCUGAUGUCUUUAGCUUUGGUGUUAUGGUGCUUGAGAUCAUCAAUGGGAAGAGGAACACUGGAUUUUAUCAGUCUGACCAAACACUGAGCCUUCUGGGUCAAGCAUGGAAGCUAUUGAAAGAAGACAAGGUGUUGGAGCUGAUGGACCAGACACUAAGCGAAACAUGCAACACAAAAGAAUUUUUGAGGUGUGUGAAUGCUGGGUUGUUGUGUGUGCAAGAAGACCCAAGUGACCGUCCCACCAUGGCAGUUGCAGUUGUAAUGCUCAGCAGUGACACUGCCACACUCCCAUUUGUGUCAGGUGUCAAUCCUGCAGAGCCUACAAAGCCUGCUGAUCAGAAGUCAUCGUCGUCAUUUCCAGUGGUUGUGGUAGGCAUAACAAUUGCUGUCGUUCUAGUUGCAGUUUUAGGCAUCAUUGGUUAUAUUGCUUAUUUGCGCAAAAGAACCAUCACCAAAAGGAAAGAGAACAGAGCAAAUCAAGUGCUUCACUUAUAUGAUAGUGAGAGUCGUGUGAAACACUUAAUAGACUCAGAGCAAUUCAAAGAAGAGGAUAAGAAAGGCAUUGAUGUACCGUUUUUCGACUUAGAAGACAUACUGGCUGCUACAGAAAACUUUUCAGAUGCAAAUAAGCUUGGACAAGGGGGUUUUGAGCCAGUUUACAAGGGCAAGUUUCUAGAGGGGCGAGAAAUUGCGGUUAAGAGACUCUCUAGAGCUUCAGGACAAGGCUUACAGGAAUUUAAGAAUGAGGUUGUGUUAAUUGCCAAACUUCAGCAUCGGAAUCUGGUUAGACUUUUGGGCUAUUGUGUUGAAGGUGAUGAGAAGAUUUUACUCUAUGAAUAUAUGGCCAACAAAAGCUUAGAUUCCUUCAUAUUUGAUUGAACCCUAUGCAUGUUACUGAACUGGGAGAAGCGGUUUGACAUCAUUAUGGGAAUUGCUCGAGGGCUGCUGUAUCUUCACCAAGAUUCAAGAUUGAAGAUUAUUCAUAGGGACUUAAAAACAAGCAACAUUCUACUUGAUGAUGAGAUGAAUCCCAAAAUUUCAGACUUUGGCUUGGCAAAGAUUUUUGACAGUAAGCAAGUAGAGGCAAACACGAACAGAGUAGUUGGAACUUAUGCUGCUUUUAACUGGUUCAAUGCAGUGGCUAUGUCUCCGGAGUAUGCAUUGGAUGGAUAUUUCUCAGAGAAGUCUGAUGUCUUUUGCUUUGGUGUUAUGGUACUUGAGAUCAUCAGUGGGAAGAGGAACACUGGAUUUUAUCAGUCUGACCGAACUCUGAGUCUUCUAGGUCAUGCAUGGAAGCUAUGGAAAGAAGACAAGGUUUUGGAGUUGAUGGACCAGACACUAAGUGAAACAUGCAACACAAACGAAUUUUCGAGGUGUGUAAAUGUUGGGCUGUUGUGUGUGCAAGAAGACCCAAGUGACCGUCCCACCAUGGCCAUUGCAGUUCUUCUGCUCAGCAGUGAUGCUGCAACAGUGCCCGUUCCUAAAGAACCAGCUUUUGUUGUAAAGAGGAACCUUUCUAGUACAGCUUCUUCUUCUAGCAAGGCUGAAGCCUCCUGGAAGAAUGAGCUUGUAGCCUCCAUAGGAGAAGGGCGAUAGCUAAGAGGAGAUCCAAUGAAUCCUUUACCGUUUAU